UGGAUUGAACAGAAUGAUCACUGACUUGAGGAGGACCAGACUCUUCUAGCUCACACACACAGCCAGAGAGAGCAGAGAGAGGGAGCGAGAGAGAGCGUGUGCUCAACUAGCAGGUCAUCCAGCUCAUAAAAUCUGUUGUGUUCUGACAACGAGAACAGAGAGCAGCAAGAAGACUUCAUUUAACAGGCACAACACACUGCGCGUUCUGAAAUGCACGGAUUAUGGAAACCACAUUUUAUCAAUACACCGUACAUUUCCAGUGUUCAGGCUUUUUGGUGACAGUAAAAGAGUAGCAGGAAGACUUCAGGAGUGUUUUUAAAGAGGACAGAAUGAAGCAAACCUCUGGACUCAUGGCUGUAUGAAAGAUGCCAUGAAGAAAAGAAGGAUAUAUCACCUCUAACUGAACUUGUUUUUGACAGUCUAUCAGUGUUAAUAAGGGACAUUAUGAACUUGCAUGCCAACAUUUCAAAACCUGUAUCCAAAAGCAUCUUCAUCUCUUCGAACCUGAUGCCCUUUGACCCCGACACCUGGACACCGAGCCCGGACAUCAUGCUGGGUAAUGUGGUCCGUAACAGUUCGUUUGGCUGUAACAGAAGUUGGGCUGAUACAGAAGCAUCUGUCUUCCCCAAUCUAUCCAUCAGCGGCACUUCCAGUGAAAGGAAAGAACAACUGUCAUGGCAAAGGUGCAACGGCGAGAUGAGUAAAGAGGAGUUAGUUCGGAAAAACUGGGCUGCUCUGCUGAUUUUGAUUGUGGUCAUUGUUACGGUUACCGGGAACAUUUUAGUAAUCAUGGCUGUCAAUCUGGAACGAAAAUUGCAAAAUGCCACCAAUUACUUUCUCAUGUCACUGGCAGUGGCAGAUAUGCUUCUGGGACUUCUGGUCAUGCCUGUCUCCAUGGUGACCAUUGUGUAUGGUUACUCCUGGCCCCUCCCUGCAUCAAUCUGUCCAAUGUGGAUCUACUUGGAUGUUCUCUUUUCCACUGCCUCCAUCAUGCACCUGUGCGCUAUCUCCCUGGACCGUUAUGUGGCCAUCCGGAACCCCAUCCGACACAAUCGGUCAAACUCCCGCUCCCGUGCCCGGGCCAAAAUCACGGCCGUUUGGACCAUCUCUGCAGGCAUCUCUAUGCCAAUCCCAGUGCUGGGUCUGCGUGAUCACACCAAAGUUUUCAAGGAUGGCAGCUGCCUAUUGACUGACAAUUCUUUUGUGUUGAUUGGGUCCUUUGUGGCCUUCUUUGUGCCAUUGACCAUUAUGGUGGUGACCUACUUCCUGACUAUCAGCGCUCUGCAGAGUGAGGCUACGCUCUGCCUUGAUCAACUGGUGCCCAGGCCCAAAUGGAGUACAGGAUUCACUCUGAACUUCCUCCCUGGCCCAUCAUUCUCACCCUCAGAGAAGAAACUCUUCUUGCGGCGCUCGUUGAGCCGCGAGGCGGGGACAGAGUCGGGGGUUGUGAUGCCACCUUUCGGACGGCACAGCGUACAGUCCAUCAGCAACGAGCAGAAGGCCUCCAAAGUUCUGGGUGUGGUCUUCUUCCUGUUCGUGGUCAUGUGGUGUCCCUUUUUCAUCACAAACGUUUUGGCAGUGGUUUGCGAGCCGGCGGCGUGUGACACUGAUAUAAUGAACGGACUGUUGAAUGUGUUUGUGUGGGUUGGUUACCUUUCCUCUGCCGUUAACCCCCUGGUUUACACACUCUUCAACAAGACUUACCGCUCUGCCUUUGCUAGAUAUAUCCGAUGCCAGUUUCACGAAGAGAAGAAACCGCUACAGCUAAUUCUGGUCAACACCAUUCCACCGCUGGCCUAUCAGUCCACACACCUGCCGCUCACUGGAUCAAUAGGCAAUGGGGAUUUCUCUCUGCCCCUUCCCAAUAAAAACCAACAUCUGUCCAAAAGCCGUAAAAAUGAGAGUGUCAGCUGCUUGUGAAUUCACUCAAUGAACUCACAAAAUGCCAGCCGUAACCCUGGAUUUUCUUCUGAGUCCGUGUUUGGCAUUCUAUCUUUCUUACCUCUACAGAAAUCAGCUCUGAUUGGUCUAAAGUAUUAGUAUUCAAAGCCCAACUGCAGCUAUGAACAAACAGCAUCACAGUCCAUGACUUGAUCACAGGGUACUGAUACAUCAAAAGACGUUCGUCUGACCGGGAUCUGUCCUUAGUACCAUCAGUGUCAGUUGAAUCAAUGGGAUAAAACUUCUCUGGUUAUAAAAAUUGUAUAUAAGUGUUAAGUCAGAGUUUCGGUUUGAUGUCAGGACUUUUCAUUUUUAUGUAGCACUUUAUAUUCCAGAAGGCAAAGUCUAAAAUCAUGGGAGUUCAGCUGUGUUUUGUUUACCAUGUCAGGUUUUUGAAAACAAGUGUGGAUAAAAGUUGUGAUGUGACUAGAGUUUUGUACUGUGUCAAACGAUUGAGAUGCUGUAGCCUCAUUCAUAAGCUGCUGGUUUAUCAUUUUACGUUUGCAUUCAAUGUCAUGGAAAAGAACAAGAAUCCUAUAGAAGCCUGUUUCCACUUCAGAGUAAAAACUAAAAGAGGUAAUUGUGAAAUUAAGUUUAAAAUAAGAAAUAAAGUCAAAUUGUAAAAUGAUAAAGCUAAAAAAUACAAAAGUACAUAUGUGAGAUACACAACUUCUCAAAAGUUUGGGGUUGGUAAGAUUUUUAAAUAUUUUUGAAAGAACUUUCUUAUGGUCACAAAGGCUGCAUUUAUCUGAACAGCAAUAUUGUAGAAUAUUACAGUUCAAAAUAAUGGUUUUCUAUUUUAAUAUACUGUAUUUUAAAAUGUAAUUUAUUCCUGUGAUGGCAAAGCUGAAUUUUCAGCAGUCAUUACUACAGUCUUCAGUGUCACAUUUGACUCUGAGGUGGAAAUGGGCUUCCAUAGAAACCUCCUCAAAUAAAGACUACAAAAGACUACAAUCCAGAUCAGAAAGCAUGCUGCUUGACCAGUAUCUUUGUGGUGGUAAAUAACAUAGCUAUAUGUUAAUCCACCAGCUAGACCAGCACCAAACUGGUAACCAGCAUAAACCAGCCUGGACCAGCACGGAAAGUCAAAGCUGUUCUUUUCAAACGGGAACUUAGUAUUCACUUUUGCAGCUUGUCAUUUGGACCCAUCAAAAAAAAUUUCUGAGACAUUUUGACAUUCCACAUAUUGUUCAGAUAGUGGCAGUACUCAAACCUAACACUUACCUUUGUCAGAUUUGAAGUUCAUUUAAAAUGUGCUUUUAAAAUCACCGGUAAGUUUUUAGUUCUGAAUAUGUACCUCUGCAUUCAGGGUUCCAUGGCAACACAGAGAGCGAUCUCAGGACCAUUCUUACAUCGCCACAGGUUCAAAUCUCAGCACCUUGUGAUCAGCACCUUUCUGAUUCUAUUUCCAGUGUCUGAAUUGACAGUGGUGUUGUUGUUGUUAUGGUGACGGUCAUAAACUUGUUUGCAGACAUUGAGUCAUCUCUGUUUCAUCUUUCUGAGUGGAUAAUUAUGCAGGUAUAUAUGUUUAUAUGUGCAGUGUUUAUCUGCCCUCAUUCCAUUAUAUCAUAGAUAUUUUGAAUUAGCUUGAACAAUAGAGCUGUAGAUGUUCUGAAGAACACUCAGUUACAAAUGUUUUUCUGCCAGCCUCUGUAUUUAUCAAGUCCCCCGCUUAUGGGUCUUUAUUUGGCUAUGUUAUGGGAGGCAAUGACAGUAAGCACAUGAAGUUACAUUAAGCCACACUUCACAUGUGUAACACAAGGUGACUCAGUAGUGUGCAGAAUGUGGCAAAAUGAUAUCAGAGGACAAUAGAGCUAUUCAGUUCGUAGUCCUAAAAUACAGAAACAAGCAUUUUCAUAAAACCAUGGUAGAUAAACAUGACUUAAAAACAAAAUAUGCUAUUAUACAAACCCAUAGAAAACUCCUGAGCGAACAAAUUCACUGCUUCCGAAACCGAAUACUUCCCUACUAUAUAGUAUGUGAAAAACAGUACACAAAAAAAGAGUAGUAUGUCUGAAUACAUAGUAUUUGAAAAACAGUGGGUAAAAAGUAGCCGGAUGAUGACCUACCCCAGAUAGCAGCUUUGUGCCGGCCCAGAUCCGGCCUACAUCUGCCACACAUGGCAUUAUGAUCUGGGCCACAUGUGGCGUAGAAUGAUGGCACUUGGGCGGACCGCUCCUGUUUGCCAGAUCUGAGCCACAAGCAGGCCAUAGCAAUGCCACAUGUCAGCCAAGAGCAAAGAAAUAAACCAGAACUGGACUUUAUCUGAGCCACAAAAUCUUUAUAUAUUAUUUAUAGAAUCAUCUUAGUAUUAACAAGCCUGCUAACAAGCAGAAUCACUGAAGGAAAGAAGAGAACAGAAAAAAGAGAGAAACAGAAACACAAGAGCUACAACUGACUUCAGCCACAGCCUUAGAUGAAAUCAAAUGAAGAUAAAAGAAGACAUUAAAUCUCUUCAGAUUUCAGCAGAGGAGGAUUAAACAACUCCAUAAGUAUUACAGCUUCACAUAUUACUAACCAGAUUGACUUUAUUUUUGUCAUUCAUCUACAGUUCUUAUUAAGUUCUUAUUGAGAAUUAACAGAAGUUUAACGCUCAUGUUUGUUUCAUUUGAAGUCACCAUAAUAGUGAUUGGUGUUUCUAUUUGGGUUAUUAACUCUUAUAAGAUGUUUUUUUUUUUUUUUUGCCACUGUGACAGUGUGAUUGUCAAGCACAUUUGCAGUAACAAAGAAAGCUGAAAUGUGAUCAGGUGAUUUUUAACUAUUGAUAGUUUUCUAAUCAUCAUGAAAUAGCCUGAAUCACUGAUGUCAUUUGAAUGUAAUAAUCGCAUUGGGCUGUAAUUAAUACAUUUAAAUUACAAACCCUGUUUUACUGCAACAUGACAUCACACUUUACUGCAAUAAUCAGUUUGAAGACUGAAGAUUAAAAAAAUGAGCAGAAAAAAAUAAACCACAAUGACAAACACAGAUAUGAGCAAUCAGCGUAUGAAUCUCAACGAUGGUGACAACAAAAUAUUCACAGAAUCAGAUCAACUCUGGACAUUACAAAAAGCUACUAAAAGACAGAACAAAAACCACAGCAAAAAAUAAAAGCAAAUAUUUAGAAUUAAAGAAAAUAAUAGGACAAUUCAGCUGCCUAUUUUUUUCAUGCUGUGAUGCAUGCUUGGAGUUUUGUACUAUUGUUCCCAGCAUGCAUUGCAGCAUGACACUUUUGAUUGUCACCUUUGUUGAGAUUCAUGUGCAGAUUUUUGAUGUCUUUGUGUCAGUUUAGAAUAUCUUAUGUGUAUUUUUUUUUUCCUGAUCGGUUUUGUUUCUAUUAUAAGAUUUUAGCGACGGUCUGUUUUGUUUGGUUGUGAAAUCCCAAUUGGUUUAAUUUUGCUAUGAGAUUUCAAUGGUAGUCAGUUGUGUUUUUUUAAGAGAUCUCAAUAGCAUUCAGUUUCAUUUUUUUACAAGAUCUCAAUGACUAUCCGUUUUGUUUCAUUACGAGUAGUGGUGGCGAGAUGAAGCUUCAUGAAGCUUUGAAGAUUUCAAGUCAGAUGUGUUGAAAAGUGGUUAAUUUCUCGAGGCUUGGAAUGCACGCAGAGACACCUGCUGGUCAAUGGAAAUGUGUCAGCGCUAAAAUGCGUGCUACAUGUUUCACGAAGUCUUGAUACAUUAACAGAUACACACAUAAACCCAUGUUAAAUAAAUAAAUAAAUUCAUAAAUUCAUUCAUUCAUUCAUUUAUGCAUUCUUUACGAGAUCUCAAUGACGGUAGGUUUGUUUCUUCGUUCCUUUACGUGAUUUCAGAGACGGACGGUUUUGUUAUAUUAUGAGAUCUCGAUGACGGUUGUUUGUUUUUUUCCAUUAUGAAAGGUCAGUUUUGUUUCGU